CAUUCCUUCCAUCCUUUCCUCACAAAAAAAACCUUCGCUCUCCAUCUCUCUAUCGUGCAGGAUAUGAUUUAUGUGCCUGUUUGCUUUUGUGUGAGGUCAUAUAUUUUCCUUCUUCCUGCGCGUUCUCGACUUCUCGACGCGUGUUUUGUUGUAGCUACAUGUGCACAUAUGUGUGUUUUGUUUUGUUUUUCUUCUCCGGUGUGUAUGUGUGUGUAUGUUUCUUGUCUACAAUUGUCAGUGUUUUAUUUAACUGUAAAUUUCUGCUCACUUCCUUCCUACGUCUUCCUUCCGGUGUGGUGUGCUUUCUCGCCCUGGUGUGUUUUGUUUUUGUUUAGGAUCAUUUACAUGACGUGCACUGUAUACAGCAGCAGCAGCAAAAGAAGCACUAAGAAGAUGUGCAUUAGUACAGCGUUGGGUGGUGGGUCCUGCAUUUUAAUGAAUUUUAUUUUUAAAACCACCAAUCUCAAAUGGAGCGAUAAAUGUUAGAUGUCUUCUCUCUUUCCCUUUGGGCCGUUUAUUACGCAAAACUUGACCUCCUCUUUACGCAAAUUACUUUUUAUUGCCAUUGCGUCGAUUAAUCACAUCAUCGCUCGUACCCAAUGUUAUCCCCCCCCCCCCGAUACGAUUCCAUAUGGCCAUCCGGAAUUGUUGGGGAUCGGUGGGAGUGUAAAUUUGUGGAAAAAAUAAAUAAGCUUUGCUACUGCAAAGCGCAUCUCCUUUAUUUGCGCGAUAGGGGGGUUAAUUAUUUGCACUUUAAAAAGGACGUUGUGCUGAGCCACGCAUAAACAAAAGAAAAAUGCGGAAAAAUGAGGAAAGUGUCGCGUGUUCACCAUAUGGCACCACAACUCCCUUUGCAGUUUUUUUUUCGUUCGUUCUUUUCCUACCCAUUCCUGUCUGGUUGAUUGAAAAUUGCAACUACUUCAGCGCAGCACAACACAGCUGGACGCACACUUAUUCCCGGUGGGGUGGCAAUAGUUGCAAUUGCAAUUGCACACCACCAUGCUGCAACCCAUUAGCGCCUACGUCACUGCAACCACCAGCACCACCAGCCCAGUCAGUCUGUUUGUGAUCCGCUUUUUAGUUCCGCUGGAGUGACCACCACGAACGGUGACAAUCCGGGUGGAAACCUUCGGGUUGUAAUUAUUGGAAACUAUAGCAACGUUGGCGGUAGUGCACAGCACGUCCCUGUACGUCAACGAUGAUUGGAUGUGUCACCGGUAGUUUAUCAUCAUCGCGUCAUUGCUUGCUAGGAUGCGUUGGACGAGCAUCCAACAACUACUUCCCUGAGCGCUAAGGGAAGCAUGUUCCACACACAACGCAUGGUUGUAGGGCAUUGCAGCGGAAAACAGCGACGUGUCACUCAACAUGGCGUAAAGGUUGGUGAUGCGUUUGCCAAAGAUGAUAUAGGGGCGAUGGUAGCAGCAUGAUACGUACGUACGGUUCCAAAUUUCUCAUCCAUAUGCUAAUGAGACUCGCGUCAGUCUACGGUGCGGUGUUGGAAAACGUUUCACUCGACAGAUCUUGAUUAGAUCAUCUAAUUGCCUUUGGUCGUAGCGUAGAGUGCAAGAAAGUGUAUCUUGUUUGUGAGCGUUGGGUUUUUGGUGGGUUAAGAUCUGUUCUAGAGAUGAAAUUGUAGCCUUAAGUGGGUUCAAUCUGGUGCUCCAGGGACGUCCAUCUUGAAUUUAUCGGACAAUCUAAUUUAUGCCGAAAGUGGUCAUUGAUCUUGAGCUCUAUUCAGAUCUUGUUGAGAUUACACUAGCUCAGAAAUGUAUCCCGAAAAAGAGGUAGAAUGUUUAUGUUGUAACACAUCCAUUCAAACGCACCCGUCGUUUAUCUGUCCGCGGUAUGAACACAUCAAGGGACGUGUGACACCGGCAAACAAAAAUAGAACGACCUACUAUUGCCGUUGCUGCUGCUGGUUGCUGGCUCACUUCUCAAACAAGUAACAUUAGCCGCGCUUUCUUCCAAACCGUCACGGAUCGUUUGCCGAAAAGGAUGGAGGAAACCUUAGGAAAUGGCCGAAUUUUACUACGCCCAAGGGGGAAGGGGAGUGCGCGCGUGUGCGCUUCAAUUGAUAAAACAUUGUCGCGUGUGGGUGGCGGUUUCGUGGUGUGUGUGUGUGUGUGCGUUUCUGUGGUUUAGCCCUUAAAUUAGCACACUUUUCCGCCGCAUGAACAACAAAUUGCGCACACGGUUCUAUGGAGCCGGCGGUACGCUAGGACGACAGGUUAUUAUGUAAAUUUUUGCUUAACUGAUACCAAGCAGUGAGUCAUUUUUUGUGUGUGUCGAUACAACUACGCACGUGUGGUGUGGUGCUGCCUCUCUUCCAGAAAUUAUGGAGGUUUUUCCGAUCGAUGGGUACGCUCUACGCUAGAAAGAGGAUGGGUCGCCUGUGUGUGUGUGUAUCCUGGGUAAACAUAUCUUUUCCUUGCUUUAAUGGCCAUUUUUACGGCUGAAUGGUCGGCGUCGGAGUGGUUGGAGGUUGGAUGAAAAUGAUACGCCAACGCGCUCGUGCCGGUAUUGUGCCAUGAUUGCGGCGGCCUAGUCAAGUGUAUCUAUUUCUAUGGCGUGUACACAAGCGAGUCUACUAGUGACGAGUCUCUGCUGUAGGUGAAUUAAUUAACAAAAGACAUCCACCGUAAUGUGGUGCAGGGGGGAGAACAGAAAGCAAAAAUAAAGGCGACCGGCUCAUACUACUAUCCUUAAAUCUUCUCAUCAGAUUAAGGUCAGGCCUUUGGCUUUGGGAGGGCUUUAAGAUGUUACUUGAAUUUAACCUAUAGUACACGAGACUAACUGCAACACAAAUAGGGGUCAAGAGGUGAUAAUAUUUCGGACUGGUCACUUCUAUACCGGCAAGACACCCGUAUGGGUGUUCACGUGCCUGCACUUUAACGGUUUCACAGACCACGCGCAUUAAAUGUGCUUAAAUUAUUAACAACCCAAAAGCAUACACGAGGAACGUUAAUAAUGUGUGCCUAAUCACGAUCAGCUUUUAAAAUGCCUUUGUGUUUGUGAUGCACUGUGGGAGAGCUUAAAUCUGGCAGGCACUGUAUUGUUCACGGCUGAGAUUUUCACAUGCAAAAAAAUCGAUAUUUUCAAUUGUUCAAUCGUUUUAGUGCCUUCGAAAUUCAUAAAUAUGGAUUGGCAACACAUUAGAAUAAUUAAAUCCCUUCAUUUUAUUGAAUUUGAAACUGCCCUCUUCAACGCAACGGCUCGGGCGAGCUCACGGCGAACUCGGGGCGAAAUCGCUGCUGUCAUCGUUGCGUUUCGUUAACCUUUUUGACGAAGCUAAACGUCAGCCGUCAGCAGCCCACCCGAUUGAACGAAAGAAAUGUGUAGAAAAAUAAACAAAUACAGCACAGCACGUUCCAGACCGAGCAUAUUGUUGUUAGAAAAUAUGAGCUGUAAACAGAUAAAUUAAUAGUCGGGCGGAGCGAUGCUGUGCGAAGGCUGUGCGUAAGAAUCUGUGAACAGCGUUGUGCAACCGAGAAUCUCCGGCCAUUGGCGUGUCUCUGUGUGCGUGAGUGCGUGUGUUUGGUGAAACGUUCACUGCUGCUUGCUCUCUCGCAGUCCACACGCAAACCAUGUCACUGCGGAAUGGGGGUCACGUUCGCUGGGCAUUUGACCUCGCGGGCUGGCGACCCAGUUUGGCGGAUCUGCUGCUAGCGACGUCCUGCAUACAGCCGGAGGAAAAGCUCACCCUGCAGCGGUUCGUGUUCCGGGACGAUUUCAAUGCGUCCCUCAUCGGGCGGCUCAUGAUGCGCCGGUUCGUCCAGCUGGCCACCGAUCUGGCGUACGACGAGAUCAAGUUUGAGCGCGAUUCGAAAGGCAAACCGUUCCUGAAGAAUGAGGGUGUGGCGGUCGACUUUAACGUUUCGCACCAGGGCCGAUACGCGGUGCUGGCCGGCAUGGCUACGAAGCGGCUGGAGGCUACCACCACUACCACCACCACCAGUCCGACGCCCAAGAUAGGCGUGGACGUGAUGAAGAUCGAGUACGGUGGGGGGAAACCGCUGGACGAGUUUUUCCGCCUGAUGACGCGCAACUUCUCCGACGACGAGUGGCGCUACAUACGCGGCCGCGAUGACGCCAGCGCGCAGCUGGAAGCGUUCAUGCGCAACUGGUGCCUGAAGGAGAGCUACGUGAAGAACGUGGGCGUGGGCAUUACGGUCGAUCUGAGGAAGAUUAGCUUCCGCAUCCAGACGGAGGUGCUGGCACGGGACCGGGUCGUGUGCGAUACGACGCUGCGCGUCAACUCGGAACCGAUGGGCAAUUGGCGCUUCGAGGAGUCGCUGAUCGAUCGGGACCAUUGCGUGGCGGUGUCGCUGGAGAACGUGCCGGCGGAGCAGGAUCUGAGUGGCAACUGUUUUGAGGUGAUUGAUUUCCGGACGCUUGUGGAGCAUCACAGACCACUGCUAGCGAUCGAUGAGAAUUAUUGUGAGGGUAUUAUUAGCAAGGAGUAUAAGAAGUCCAAGUGAGGGAAGAGGGGUAGGGAAGACGAUGAUUUUUUAUUAGCAAACGGUGAUGGGUAACACAGGGUAAUGUAGGAGAGAGACAGGUAUUUUGUCGAUAUAAGCUCGAAGUUAAACAUUUUCUGGCCAUUUACUCUGCUAGGUUAAUGUAGGGCAAUUUGUUUUUUUGAUGGUAUAAGAAAAAUACACGAAUUUAGCCUGUAAGUAACGAAAGGUAAACGAA